AUGGAGAUCAAGGACACCUUCCAAGUCGAGUACCUCGCGUACGAUCCGAUCGAAUCGCCAUACUUCGAGGUGGUUUCAAUUACCCGUUUUCAUUGGGUGAGAAAGCCUGGAGAUUAUCUCUACGACAGUUCUAGGGAUGCAGAGAUAGAACAAUCUGAGUGGCCACCGUCGUUAUGCAUCUUACAUGUGUUCUCAUCUAGAACCGGACAGUGGGAGGAAAGGUCUUUUGCUCGAGAAGGUGAUUCCAUCGGAACCGUGUCUGGCAUGAGACACUGGCCAGGAGACCAACGCAAUGCUGUGUACUGGCGAGGAGCAUUAUAUGUGCAUUGUCAAACUAAUUAUGUUAUGAGAAUAUCUUUGUCGAGUGAUAAGUAUCAUGUGAUUAAACCACCACCAGGGAAGAUGCAGAGUUCAAGUUGGAACCUUGAUGAAUCAGGCUAUCAGAUGGAGUGGGUUCUGAAGCAUGACAGGGACCUUUUUAAGUGGUUGUUGAAGCAUAAGCUUCAGUAUACAGGACCUUGGGCCUUGCAGGAUAUUAAUUACUAUUAUGAUAAUCGCAAUAGAGAUCACGAUAUGGAAGCACCAGCAGAAGAGAAAAUUGAAUGGACCUCACAAGCAUCUGAAGAUGAGAAAUUUACAUGGAGCUCUGAUGAUGAAUGUGGACACACUGGGUACGUGGAUAUUCUUGGGUUUCAUCCGCGCAAAGAGAUUAUCUUCUUGAGUGAAUCAAUAACGCGAGGAUUGGCCUAUCACUUGAAUAGCUCCAAGGUUGAAGUCUUGGGCAAUAUAUAUCCAGCAGGAUAUGACAAAGAAUUAUCAAAUGAACGGCUUUUAGAAUCAUCUUUUCUGUAUACACCCUGCUGGAUUACACAAACUGCAGACGAUGGAGAAUAG